AUGGCCAAACCACUGCCCAACCACGACUUCCACAACUCGUGGGGAUGCAUCUAUUCCGGCGAGACCACGGCCAAGGACAAAGCUGUUCGCCAGUGGUGGCAGGAGUAUUUUCAGAAUCCGGCUCUAGUCGAGACAAGGUACCAUGAUCUCCUCCGCACGUACACCCAGACGUUUGCAGCCUUCUUUUGUGGCUACUAUCCCAUCUCCUUGCAUGCCCACGUCAGCGACGCCCUCUCUCCCACCACCGUCGCGAGCCUGAUCCUCAACACCUGCGCCACCAGCCCACUCGUCUUGACAACCCCCGACUUGGCGCCCAGUGCAUUGGCGACCGAGCAGGGCAAGAAGACCCAGGAGUAUGUUCUCGGGUAUUUGGGCUGGAACGAGUCGCACGUCAAGAACCCCAGAUUCGCGGCAGUCCAGGGGAUCUACGGGGCGGCAUUUGGGCCUUUGGCUCACGCCUCAAAGGAAUGGGAGGUUCAGAUUAUCGCCAGUGGCCUGCAGCCGACUGUGAUUCAGAUCAGUGACUCCCACGACGCUCUCUGCGACUCGCUCGCCGAAGCAAAAAGACGAGGCUGCAUCGCGGUAGUUAUCGACAUGGUCAGCACGGAGAACGGCGCAGUUCUCACCCCCGAACGCUUCAAAAUGCUCAAGAAAUGCUGUGCCAAAAGAAGCUGUGGCUGA